AUGGAUUUUGAAGCAGCCUACAUCGUUGAUUCAGUGGGGGAAACGCCGACUACAUUCAAGUCGGCGAUGGAAUCAAGCGACUCCGGCAAGUGGAAAGAAGCGUGUGACUCGGAGUUCGAUUCGCUUCAGAGAAACGACACGUGGGAAAUCGUGCCUCUUCCGAAAGGUCGCAAGGCCAUCGGGUGCCGAUGGGUUUUUCGUGUAAAGGAGAAUCAAGAUGGCGAAGUUGAACGUUUCAAGGCAAGACUUGUGGCCAAAGGAUUCUCACAGAAAUUCGGAGUUGACUAUGAAGAAACUUUCGCACCGGUGGCCAAGUUCACAUCGAUUCGUGUGGUGCUCAGUAUGGCGGCUAAGUACGGCCUAAUGCUACAUCAGAUGGACGUCAAGACAGCGUUUCUUAACGGCUCCCUCAACGAAGACAUCUACAUGGACCAGCCGGACGGAUACCUGGAUGCAACACAGCCGGACUAUGUGUGCAAGCUAAAGAGAUCACUCUACGGCUUGAAGCAAUCGCCUCGCAUGUGGAACCAAACAAUCGAUGGGUUCAUGAUCAAGAUGGGAUUCAAGAAGUGCGAAUCGGACCACUGCAUCUACAUCAAGCGAGACGACCAAGACAUGAUUCUCGUGGUGCUCUACGUCGAUGAUCUCAUCCUGGCCAGCAGCAACAACGAACUCCUCAAGUCAACCAAGGUGGCGCUGAGCAAACGCUUCGAAAUGACGGAUCUCGGUGAGCUCGAUUACUUUCUCGGCAUGGAGAUCAAGAACGACCGUAAGACGGGAAUGGUGACUGUACAACAAACCAAGUUUCUCAAGUCCGUGUUAACCAAGUUCGGAAUGGAUAACAGCAAGCCAGUGAAGACGCCUCAAGAUCCCGGCCUGAAGCUAACCAAGAACAUGUGUGAACAAGAAUGCAAGCACGAAGACACCAUGUGCAACGUGCCAUAUCGAAGUGCUGUCGGAGGCAUCAUGUAUCUCAUGGUCGCCACACGUCCGGAUCUAGCUGCUGCAGUGGGAUCAUUAUCCCAGUUCUCGUCCGACCCAUGCCCGACUCACUGGCAAGCUUUGAAGCGUGUGCUGAGAUACCUGCAAGCAACGCCCAAUCAUGGUCUUGAGUUUACACGUGAAGAAGGAAGCCGUAUCUGCGGGUACACCGACGCAGACUGGGCCGGCGACAUUGAGUCAAGACGAAGUACAAGCGGCUAUGUGUUCAUGAUGAGCGGAGGAUGCAUCAGCUGGAAAAGCCAGAAACAACGGACGGUCGCGCUAUCUUCAACAGAAGCAGAAUACAUGGCGCUUUCCGAAGCAACCAAAGAAGCAGUAUGGCUCAAAGUGCUUUUGGGGGAACUUGGUGAGAUGACAAGCGACGAAGCGAUCAAGAUGUAUGAAGACAACCAAGGAUCAAUCGCUCUCGCCAAGAACCCGGAGUUCCAUAAGAGAACAAAACACAUCGACAUACGCUACCAUUUUGUGCGUGAGAAGGUGGAAUCAGGUGAAGUCGUUUUGGAGUAUUGCCCGACUCAAGAUAUGCUGGCAGACAUGAUGACCAAGCCGAUCGCCGCUGUACAAUUUAAAAACAUUCGCGAUCGACUUGGGAUCCAAGGUGCCGCAGCUAACGAGUCGAGAGGGAGUGUUGAAAAGACAGCGGCUGUGAAGAAGACACCUCGUCAAGCUGCGUCAAGUGUUGAAGCAAGUGGAAGACCAAGCUUCGCUAUACCGGUGGGUACCGGUAUGUACCAGUAA